AUGGGCGCAUCAGCAGAUAUCGGAAAUCGUCUUUGUUUACUGACGUCGAGGGAAACACGUUUGAUUCUACACCUCUCGCACUCGUUUCUUCACGCUCAACCGGUUGAUUCGGUUCCCGGCGAGUCGGUCAAUUUGAAUUGUCUCUUUGAGAUCAUUCAAUCUUUGUUUUUUGUUUUUUUUUUGGUUUUCCAUUCACCUAGCCCGUGGACGCGGCUCAAUCAUACCAUGCAGGACCUUCAACUGACAGCCAUUGCGAUGGCCUGCUUAGCGCUGUUCCCAGGCCAUGCAAAUGCCUUUUGGCGUCUUCCUUGCCGUGGAAGAACUGGUCUCGCCCGCCUGGACCCCAUUGUGGAUCCGGGUGCGGUCUCACCUCACGUUCACGCGAUCCAUGGCAGUGGAGGCUUCGGUAUGAGCUCGACUCAGGAAACGCUCCUUGGUAGUGAUUGCACCUCCUGUGCCGUGACCCAGGACAAGUCUGCGUACUGGGUUCCCGCUUUGUACUUCAUGCAUGCCAAUGGUAGUGCUGAGGUAGUGGAAGAGGUAGGAGGCAUGCUUGCCUACUAUCUUCUGUAUGGUCAGGAUAUCACUGCCUUCCCAAAUAACUUCCGCAUGCUGGCAGGCGACCCCUACCUGCGCAAUUUCACCUGGCCAGUUCCCGACCCUCCCAAAUCCCAGUGGAGUGGUGAUCAGGUCUCACAGGCUGCUUUGCGCCAGAAGGCCCUUGGUUUCAAUUGCCUGAACUAUCAGAAACCCCCUGAAGGCUCUCUCUACCGCCAUUUCCUGCCCAACAAGGCCUUCCUUGAUGAGCAUUGCACCGAUGGAGUCCGCUUCGAGUUGAUGUUCCCAUCCUGCUGGAACGGCAAGGAUACCGACUCUGACGACCACAGAUCCCACGUCGCAUACCCGUCCCUUGUUAUGGAUGGUACUUGCCCGGAGGGCUUCGAAACUCGCCUGGUAUCACUCUUCUUCGAGACUAUUUGGAACACCUACGCAUUCAAGGGCGUCGAUGGAUAUUUCUCCCUCUCCAACGGUGAUCCGACUGGAUACGGCUACCACGGUGAUUUCAUGCAGGCCUGGGAGGAGGGUGUGCUACAGCAGGCCAUUGAAGUUUGCACGAGCGAGACAGGUAUCGUUAACGACUGCCCUGUUUUCGACAUUCAGUCAGAUGAUGAACAGCGUCAAUGUCAUUUCCCCGUCCCAUCCGUGAUCAAAGACGAAAAUUGUUAUAUGCACGACGGCGGAUUGCCUGGCGGUAUGGCUAUCCAGUGGGGCCCUGAGCCAGCCUCGAUGAAACCUGGAGCUGCAAGCACGACCACCGCCAAUUCGAGUGCACUUCCCACCAGUUCCGUUGCUGGUAGCUCGACUGAUCCCAACACUUUGCUUAACAACGCCCCCGUGCCCAGCACUGCUGAAGCUGCCACUUCUUUCGCUUCCACUUCGACUCCCUCGCCAGCUCCGACCCCCGUUACAUCGACUAUUGUCGAUCCUGUCAUCGAAGAGAUUAUCUACAUGCAACGAGAAGUUGUCGUCUACUGCGAUGGAAAUGGUGACACGUGCUCGACUAGCACUGGCCCUCCCCGUACUGUCUCCUCUACCACCACCACCAUUAUGGAAACCUCCACACCCGUGUCCUAUGUGAAGAAAAACACUGUCCCGGAACCCGUGGAGCCAGAACAGGCUGCUGGUCAUGCCCGCAGAAAUCUUCACCACCACCAUGGCCACGCACACAACUAG